GACCUGAAAACUUUUGGAACCAAUUCAGUUUUACAAGAAGGGUCCGAUGGCCGGUCAGCUAACACGUGAAGGGAUUACCCUGAAGGGUAGCGCUGAAAUCGUGUCGGAGUUUUUCUUUUGUGGCAUCAAUAGUAUUUUAUAUCAGCGUGGGAUUUAUCCAUCAGAAACGUUCACACGUAUCCAGAAGUAUGGACUUACACUGCUACUCACUACAGACCCAGGGCUGAAAGAGUAUUUAAAUAAAGUUACCGAUCAGCUUAAAGAUUGGUUGUACAAAUGCCAGGUACAGAAGCUUGUGGUUGUGAUAACAAGUAUCGACAGCAAUGAAAUUCUUGAACGCUGGCAGUUUGACAUAGAGUGUGACAAAACUGUGAAAGAUGGUAUUGUUCGUGAAAAGUCGCAAAAGGUUAUUCAAGAAGAAAUUCGAUCAGUUAUAAGGCAAAUUACUGCCACUGUAACUUUCCUUCCUUUGCUGGAAACAGCAUGUGCCUUUGACUUGCUGAUAUAUACAGAUAAAGACUUGGAAGUCCCUGAGAAAUGGGAGGAAUCUGGUCCUCAGUUUGUGUCCAACUCUGAAGAGGUCCGCCUGCGUUCAUUUACAACAACUAUUCACAAAGUAAAUAGUAUGGUGGCAUACAAAAAGAUAGACACUUGCUAAGAACCUGAGAUAUCAGUGUUGUAUAGAAUGCUGCAUUUGAGUCUUUUAAAGAAAUCCUUUAUAUUGUUUCAUACAAAUAGUUUUAUGAAACUGUCCCUAGAUCAAAAUAGGAUUGAAUUACUGUCAAGGAUAUACUGUGUGCAGAUAAAACAAUAAAUUGCAAAGGGAGGGGUGACGGGGUGAAAGCCCUUGGUUUAAACCCAGGUAUGUUAAUAUGAUUAAGUAUAACUGUUACUAAAAAGUCUCCCUCAAGUUCUUAAAUCCUGACUUGUUCUUUUUGCUAUAAGGCAUAAUAGCCCCCAGGUAUGAUUAAAUUCAUAAGUCUUGCAGUACCAUUUUAGGGCUUUGUGCUUUUUAAGUUGUGCUAUGUUAACAAUUAAAAUAUGUAUUUAAAAUGUUACUAGGACUAGGCUGCAGCUAGUUAUGUGGGCUGAGGUUUUUAUGUACCUUGUUUAAAACUAGGGUUUUGUGAUAAACUCUGCUUACAGAUCAGCUAUAUUUCUCUUUUAAAGUCUUUAUUCUGCCUCAGCUUCCUAAAAUUUAAUUUAAAAAAAUGCCUUCUAAAAGUGAUACAACCCUAUGAAGCAUAUUGACCUUGCACAAAGAAUCUAUGAACAUUAAGCAUCUAACAAUGUUUUUGAAAAUUUAUACAAUCUUAGAAUUUAAGCAAAAUUAUCUAUAAACAGCAUAUGUGAAGAUUUUAGGUGUGUAAAUUGAGCUGUUGUAUAUGACUGCUUUCUUUGUUUUUUUUUUGUGUUGUAUCACUGUCAACUUGUCUGUUUCUAUUCCUUUUAUAAAAUAAAGUAUUCCUGAAUAAUUAA